AUGCAUUGUCUUAGUUGGAAUGCGUUGUGCAAGGCCAAGGAUAAUGGCGGUCUUGGGUUCAGAGAUUUUAAACUGUUUAAUUCUGCUUUAGUAGCCAAAAAUUGGUGGCGCAUCAAAUCGAACCCUGAAUCCCUUCUAGGGAAGGUCUAUAGAGCGGUUUAUUUUCCGCGUGGCACGAUUCAUGUGGCUAAUCGGGGUUAUCGCCCGAGUUAUGCUUGGUCUAGCAUCAUCCGUUCUUGUGAGAUUUUUGCAAAAGGGGGUAUGUGGAACAUAGGUAAUGGUAAAAAUGUUAUGGCUUGGUCAGACAAGUGGGUUCCAGGAAUGGAUACUUUGGUAUAUAGUAUGGAGCUUGCUCAACAAUUUGGAGUCUCUUUUGUGUCUGAUCUUAUGCAGCUAGGCUUGCUGACAUGGAAUAGAGAGCUGAUCAAUUUCAUUUGUUGUCCGCCGUUGGCGCGUGCGAUUUUGGCAAUCCCAUUGCCUCUUGUUCCUCGUGACGAUGUUCUGUAUUGGCCUUUCUCUCCAGAUGGUCACUACUCAACAAAGUCAGGGUACCAAUUCCUUCGCCAAGGUGCUGAAGCUGCUGUUGCGUCUUCUUCUCAGAUUCCCUCUCUUCCGCGUGCGGAUUGGAGGAAGCUUUGGAAAGCUGAUGCACUUCCUCGAUGCCGUGAAACGGGGUGGAGGGCAUGCCUUGAUGUCCUUCCGGUGAGGGCUUCCCUUCAUGCGCGCGGUUUGGCCCCCGACCCGACAUGCCCACGGUGUCUGGCAGCUCCGGAAACAGCCCAUCAUGCGCUGCUGUUUUGUCCGACGGUGCGACCAAUCUGGUUUGCUAGCUCCCUUGGUUUUCGCCUAGCUCAUGAGUGUCGUGUGCACGAAUUUGUUUAUGAUUUUAUGCAGGUUGCAGAUGAGUCCAGCCUUGGUGUCUUUCUUACCCUGCUGUAUGCAAUUUGGAGUGCCCGAAAUGAGCUAUGUUUCAAGGACAAGGCAUCCACUUUGGAGCAGAUUCUGAAUCAUGCAUCAUCACUCUCACCGCUGCCACCGUUGGAGGUUCCUAUGGUACCACAGCUUCACCUACCCCACUCUUGGUCUCGUCCAUCACCGGGCACGUUCAAGUUAAAUUUUGAUGCGGCGAUGGCUCCUAAUGGUGACGCUGGCUUCGGUCUUGUAGCUCGGAAUUCUCGUGGCGAGGUGUUGGCGUCCGCGUGCUUCCCGCACGGUCCAGUACCAUCUUCUUUGGUAGCAGAGGGGCUCUCUUUCCGUUGGGCUAUCGGUUUGGCUAUGGAGCUUGGAUUCCGGUGCAUAGUGUUUGAGACAGAUUGUCUCCUUCUUUUUGAGGCGUGGAAGCGCCGAGGUGGUUGUUCCAUUGUAGACUCGUUGAUUUUAGAUUGUCGUCGUUUGUCUUCUGGUUUUGAUGUUUUUAAUUUCAGUUUUGUUCGCCGUACUGGCAAUAAUGUCGCUGAUGCUUUAGCUAAGCGUUCUUUACUUUUGGGUAGUUUGGUUUGGAUUGAGGAGAUCCCUCAAGACCUUUAUGGCUUAGUCCAGUCUGAUGUAAUGGCCUGUGAGGCCCCUGUUUCUUCUUAA